AUUGUGCUCUCAGUUAAAUUUUGACCGCGCUGCGAUGCAGACAUCGCUUGGAGAACAACUAGUCACAGUCACAGCGAUAGUGGAUUUUAACGAAUAGUGACUGCUGCUAUCACGCACCAGAACUGUUGAGUUCAAGAAGUGUUUGUGAUUUUGUUUUUUGAUAAUUACAUCUAAUGUUGAUUGGUGAAGGGCCUCUGUUGAUAGUGAAACGCUACUAGAAAGUUUUCAGUGAUAGUGAUAAGGAAAUCUGCUUGAGAAGUAGCUGCUUGGAAAUGUAAAUAACAGAAUCACAUUCUACGGGAUUAGCUAGAACUAAGUAUCCUAGAGGCUGAUACAAGGGAGGAGGUCUUCCAUAACCGUUAUCAACAGUUUCCUGAUAGUGCGACAAGUGCGUGUUUAUGUACAUUACCAUCAGCUGACAAAGGUUUUGAAAUUCGAAUAGUCAGAGGCUAACCUUAACCCACUAGUAUCCCAUUACCGAGCCAACGGGAUAGGGGUACUCCCCUUCCCAACAACCUAUUGAACGCGACCUGAAAUUUCUAAAAAGGAGUCAAAACAAAAACAUGAAACACCGCGCUGGCAAACAGCAAAUACUAAAAGGCAGAAAGUAAAGUGAGCUAACAUUAAUAAAAACAGAAACAGAGAAGUCUUAUCGCAAAGUUCGUUCUGAAAGUGUGAGUGAUUUGUUCUAGUAGAAAAUUGUUCUGGUCGUUGACAAGAAAGAAAUGGCAACUUUAUUGUAUACGAUCAUCGGAAUGACGGCCAGUGCGUCACUGAACUGUGCCGUCCGACGGGAGAUCUCACCAUGUACCUGUUCACCUCAUGGCUUUUUCGCCAAUACAAUCGAGGUCAAGUGCGAACAGAUGGAGUCUUUCCAUCAGGUAGUGGAUGCGCUACAGGAUCGAUUCACCCCCGAUUACAAUAUUUGGCUCACCAUAUCACACUCGCAAUUACUCGACCUGGCUACGCAAUCGUUCUAUGAGAUGAACAUGAACAUUAAAUCGCUCAAGAUGAACUUUGAUAAUUUGAGUCAUCUACCGGUAUCAACGUUUCAAAAUUUACCAAGGUUGGAGUAUUUCAGUGCUGCGGAGAAUCGUUUGGAGGAAAUUCCGGCGGAUAUGUUCCUACACAUGCCGAACGUAGGGACGUUGGAUUUCGCCAAAGGGAAUUUGCGCUUCAUCAACGGGAACACGUUCAAGCAGCUGCAAAAUUUAAGACAUUUGGUGGUGGCUUCUAACAUACUACAACGAAUCGACGUCGAGUCAAUGCCACGUACACUCAUCUCGUUACACUAUGGGCACAACAAUCUCACUACACUAAACGGCACUUUGAGACACUUGGACGAACUGAAGCUACUUUUCAUCAACGAUAAUCAUUUGACUUCACUUGAUGAUGAACUUCCGUUAGCCUCGCCGAAUCUGAUGACCGUCUUCGCACAGAAUAAUCGAAUUGACCAUCUUCCGAUCGAAAUCAAAUAUCUGAAAAACCUCGACUCACUGUUUAUUCAUGGGAAUCAGCUAAAAUCCUUUGAUGGACUUCUAGCGCGAUCGGCUCAUCUCACAAAACUCAUUGCUUUCGACAAUAAGAUUAACCAGCUAAGAAAAGAUGAAUUUACAGAAACCGAACGAUUAGAGGAAGUGCAACUGGCCGGAAACAAAUUAAACAGCCUGAAUGGAUCACUGCUCAAUAUGAAAGGCCUCAUUAUGGCCAACUUCAGCAACAAUUUGUUGAACGAGUUCUCCUUGCAAGAAGUAACGGGACUGCGAAAAUUGCGAAUUUUGGAUUUGUCUUACAAUAAAAUCGAGAGGCUCACCGGACGAAUGGAAAACUUAGUGGACUCAGGAUCGAUCAUUUAUGAACUGCGAUUGCAGCACAAUUUACUGAAAUCUCUGGAUGGAACGAUGAUGGGCUUGAAUAAUUUAAAGAUCUUAAACGUAGCUCACAAUCGUCUAGAGAUGAUCACGCCGGAUGAUUUAAUUGGCAUGGAAAAUCUCGAACAUUUAGAUUUAUCUUUCAACAAACUGAAGACACUGGAGGAACUAUCUAAGACCUUCCUUCCGUCACUUCAAUCUGUCAACGCUUCAUAUAACUUGUUAACGACAAUGGACAAAGAUUUCCAUGGUCUACCGGUACUCUGUACAGCGGAUCUGUCGAAUAACAUGAUUCGUGUUCUAACGGUAGAGCUUGUAUCGCAGACACGAUGCAGUAACCACGGCGUUCCGAAUAAACUGGAAAUUUUCCUUCAAGAAAAUCCCGUUCUUUGCGACGAAUCUCUACCAGAGUUAGUGUCCCAAAUGGAAUCGUAUCAUACUCGAUUGAUUGGCAUUGCGCACUGCAUAGUCCCGCAGCAAAUACCUAUUGACUCACCCAUAUUUAUGCAACCUCCAAUUCCAUUGUUGAAACCAUUACUCAAACCGCAGCUUCCGAUGGUUCCAUCGCCCGUAAUGAUCCAGCAACCGUCGAUUGUUCAAAUUCUAGUACCGGCACCAUUGGUAGUCCAAGCGCCUGCGUUUGCCGAAGCAGCGGCUGGAAUGAUGCAAACUAUCCCUUCAGUGCAGGGAAUCCAGGACCUGCAGCAGCAGGCAAUCAUCUCGCCACCCCAAAUUGCUCAUCUACCACAACAACAGCAGUAUGAUGAGCUCAAAUAUGAUGCACACCCGGAAACGGUUGCCGAGUCUGAAACUAUGGCUCCGCCGCCGGAAGAAAAUGAUAUUGCUAAAAUUCUCGCACCCACCAGUACGACAAUGAAAACGAUUCUUGAAUUCAAGAAUGUCAUCCAUGACACUUAUUCGGCGAUAUCACCGAAGGUUCUGCCGAUUCCUUACGACAAGGCACAAGGAAUCGCGACGGAGCCGGAAGAACCACCGGAAACACAGCAAGAUCAAGGCUUAGAUGUAGUUGAGCAUUGAACGCAAAAAGUUAUAAUCACUCAUCUUAGUUAAUAGUUCUUUCGAGUUAGACUGCAAAACAAGCAAAUUGAAAAUAUAAUUCCACGCUUUGAAUACUUUCAUUAUAAGAAAAGUGUCCAUCUAGAUGAUAUGUGUAGAGUUGAGUUGGAUGUUUUUUUGAAAUCUAAACAGAACCUUUAACAUCAAUGAAAACAUGCGGAAAAAAGAUUGCAAUGACAAGAAUCUUACCAAAAAAAUAUCUUCUGCAGAAUGGACUGGAAAUCAGUGUUAGAUUGAUUGCUGAAAAGAAGAGGGCGUACACUAAUAACUGGGUACUGAUUUUAGUGAUAUAAAUGGUAUGUCCACACAAUAAGAAGCAAAACUAAUAUUUGGAAGUUUCUGAAUAAAAUAUGAUUUCAAGAAACUGAAAACAAUUUAUGGCAAUAUUGGAAUGCCAGAUAGUAAUAAUCUUUAUGCUCCGAUCAAUACUAUGGACAUGAACAGGUGAUUUAUGUACACUUUAUACAAAAGAAAUGUGUUGUUUUAAAAUAUCCCUAGAAUAGUAGAUAGUGACAAAUUCUUGUUGAUCGAAGAAUUUUUUUGUAGUGUAGAAUCAUGAAACGUGCCAUUUAAACUGUAAAGUCCUAAUUGGGACAUGUAAAUCCAUCUCCCGACAAGUUCACUUCUUAACACAUUUUCAACUAUGUAUUUAUUCUUAACAACUGCACGUUAGGUAUUUUCCUAGAUGAAUAUUUUGAAAGGAAUCCGUUAUUACAUCAUAGAGUUACUUUUAACAAUGUACGGAAAGUAUUUUACCUGCUAAACUGCAACAAAAAAACUGAGAAUGAUACUUGUGUCUUGAACAACUGUUAGUUCCGCAAACAUUCAAAAUCAACAUUUUAAAUAAUAAUACAUAUGAAACAUAUUCGUUCAGCUUCCAAAAACUAAACUAACAUUCAUUCAAACUGAUAAAAUGCGGAAGAACUCUCUACGAUAUAAUGCAAGUCCCAUCAAUAAAUAAAAA